AUGGCAGAGAGCCAGCCCUACGGUUAUGCGCCAUCAUCAGGAGAAGUGAUGGUCGAUAUGGCCGCUUCCCUGGUUGGCGUCUUCUUGCAGCGUGUUGUCAUGGCGCCGUCGCACCGCAUCGCCGUCUUGACGGUCGUGGAGGCUGAGUUAGUCCAUGAGGGUCGGCUGCCGUCAACAGGGUUUGGCGGCAUCAUUGGCUGCGUGCGGCGUGUCUAUGCAAAGGAGGGUCUCAGGUCCUUCUUUCGUGGGUUUCUGAUAGACGCCGUUCUUGCUGUACCGUCUGCGGUCAUGGAAGAAGUGAGCUCGUCGCUGGUAUCAGAGCUGUUGGGAGUGGUGUUGCCUUUCGAUAGAGUGCAACAGAUGUCGCCGUUGGUGUGGGUCACUUUGUCGCUUGUUUCCACAUCCAUCUCUGUUCUGAUUGCCACACCGGUGACGGGGAUCCAAAACACCAUUGUGACAAACUACGUUGGUGACAUCGUUGCACCCCACCCCGCAGCAGGGGAUGUGAAGGAAUAUGUGAAGGAGGGAGAUUUUGGGGAGGAAGAAAAGGAAGAGUCGUACAAGUACAAUUCCGCGUGGGAAACGGCAGCAGACAUCCGCAGACGAUACGGUUUUCGUGGGUUUUACCGCGGUUUUGGACUGGAUGCGAUGGCGGUGUUUAUGUACAGAGGUACAUACUACUACGCGUUACAAAUACUUCCACCGGUUUUGCACAAUCAAUACCCGCACGCUGUCGCGUGUUCUUUGGCAAUUGUAGCCAGAUGCAUCACUCAGCCAUUUGAAGUUAUCAGUCGCCGCAUGCAGCUCACCGCUUCAUCGGAGAGGAAGGGGUACAAGGGCAUGGUGGACUGCGCCCGCACGAUUGUGGCGGAAGAGGGCUACAGCGGGCUGUGGGCAGGCCUUCGGUUGAGGCUGUUGGUCACGUGUGUUUGGAUGGCUGCUGUGGAGCUGCGCCGCCUGUACUGA